UUCGAAUUUCCCCCCUUUCUUCGUCUCUCUCGCAUCGCUUCCCUUUUGGAACCCCAGCUUCUCCCAAGCUCCCAUGGCCGCCGCGUCAUCCGCGGCCUUCAGUGAUGCCGACGAGUGGGAGAUCUGCAACGACAACGGCCUCGUGUACAAGCGGCGCCGGCGCCGGCGCCAUCCUGAAUCUCCGCCGCCUUCCGCCCUUCCAGACGACCCCGAGGCAGAGCUUCGACGUCACCGAAGAGCCCGCAAGAAGCGAUGCCUCCUUGAUCUCCGUGAUAAGUACCUCGCCGAGCUAGCCCAGUGGGAGACCUUGUCGUCCUCCUUGUUAACCUCGCCGCCGCUCCCUCCUCCUCCCGUCACCGCCGCCGCCGCCGCCGCCCCCCUGGGCUCACCAAAACCCUCAUCUCAAAUCCCAGAAUGGCAUCCGUUGGUGGAUGAUCUCCUAUCGCAGGCGGAGGCCCAGGAGUUGAUGGUUCAGAAGCUUGCGCAAACGUGCGAGUAUGUGGAGUCUGUUUGCGAGGAGCGGGAGCGGCGGCUGGUGCAAUCUAUACUUGAUUUACCAAUUUGGGGAAGUCCUCGAUCCCUCAUUGCAUCUCUAUCUGAUUGAUUGGAUUAAUUGUGGAAAAAUGUCAUCUGUGUUAGUGUGAUAUAUCUCUGCUGUUUGUGGUUUGUUUGCUCAAAUAGCAUGUUGUACCUGUAUCUAUCUGUAUGGCACUAGUAUCCCAAGAAAUCAAAGAACAACUUCUUUUCCCUCUUUUUCUCUAGAAGUGUACAAGGUAAAAACACAGUGAAGGAAAAUUAGGCGAAUUUUCGUUAA